AUGAAGGCUGCCUUAGAUGUAGCUCUCUUGGUUAGCAAAAAUUUAAAACCGGUAGUUGCAACGGCAUGGAAAUAUGCAAAAGUUGAAAUGAUACCACCAUUGACAUCUCACAUAUUCCAAGGAGCGUUUGGAGCAAGACUCGAAAACGCUGCUUCUAGUGCAUCUGAAAAUUUCAUAAGAGGGCUUGAACAAAAGUUAAAUGCUAUAGAAGCUGAAAGGGUACGAGCCAUAAAAGAGAAAGAAGCGGCAGUCAAAGCGGCUGCAGAAAAAGCUAAAGCUGAAGCCUUAAAAAAAGCUGAAGAACAAAAACGAGCUGAAGCCCAGAAGGCUGCCGAUAGCGCAAAAGCUCAAAAGGCUAAGGAAGAAGCACCAAAAACUGGCAAAAAAGCGGAUCCCAAAAAAAAAAAAAACCCCCAAAAAAGCAGCACCCAAAGAAGCAAAACCUGA